CUCAGACUGCUCACAUCCUCAGCCAAAUGAACUGGGAGUCAAAAAGCUACAAUGAGCUGGGCUUAUCACUUUUGCCACCUGAGCAGGCCUCAGUAUGUGACUGCUGAGCUGCACUGUCAAACGGCUUUAAGCUUUGAUUAAGUCACCUUGAGGCCUGUACAAUUGUGCAUGCAUGAGGAUAUUUAUUCGGCAGCUGCCAUUUCACAGAGUUCAGUCUACACAUAGGAGAUAUUUCGGGCAUCAACAGACGCAUCGACCCGUGGGUGGCAGGUGUGAAAUGUCAGAAUGACAAAGCCAAUGAUUUGGUCAGUUUGGCUCGUCGGAUGCCUUUCACCGGGUUGCUGCAGCACGUGGAUGGAGGAGCGGAUGCGCGGCUCUGAUUGGCCAGGCACGCGGCUCCCAGCAGGAGGACUGCGCUCGCUACUUGUCAUUACUGUUGCUCCGAUUCACAAGCCCAUGAACACCGCUAGGCUCAGUGUGUCCAUCUCCUCUCGGACUUGGAAUUAAUCUCUCAUUAUUUAAAGCGACGGCUCGCAGUAUGGAUGCUACCAUUUAUCAGAUCAUAUUUGGGGAGCUCGGGGACUUAAACUGUAGUUUGAUAGACGCUUUCCAAGACACUUUUUUGGAAAACGCGUCCUUGUCAUUGUUGAGCACUGAUGGUUUUUAUUGCAAUGCCACAACAGAUGAGAUUGGAACCUGCUGGCCGCGGAGCAGCACUGGGAGGAUUGUAGAGAGACCCUGCCCUGAGUACAUCAACGGGGUGAAGUACAACACAACGAGGAGUGCUUACAGGGAAUGCAUGGAUAAUGGGACGUGGGCGUUGAAGAGCAAUUACUCCAAUUGUGAACCUAUUUUGGAGGAGAAGAGGAAAUAUCCAAUGCAUUAUAAAAUAGCACUGAUCAUCAACUACCUAGGCCACUGUAUCUCCCUGGGAGCUCUAGUCGUGGCCUUCAUUCUCUUCUUGUGCUUAAGGAGCAUAAGAUGUCUUCGAAACAUCAUCCACUGGAACUUGAUCACCACCUUCAUACUGAGGAAUGUUAUGUGGUUUUUGCUUCAGUUGAUUGACCACAAUAUCCAUGAGAGCAAUGAGCCUUGGUGUCGAUUAAUUACAACAAUAUACAACUACUUUGUGGUGACAAACUUUUUCUGGAUGUUUGUUGAAGGAUGUUACCUUCACACAGCCAUUGUAAUGACUUAUUCAACUGAUAAGCUCCGAAAGUGGGUCUUCCUUUUCAUCGGUUGGUGUAUUCCAUUCCCUAUUAUAGUAGCCUGGGCCAUAGGAAAGUUGUAUUAUGAAAAUGAACAAUGUUGGUUUGGUAAAGAACCUGGAAAAUAUAUGGACUACAUUUACCAGGGACCAGUUAUCCUUGUGCUUCUGAUAAACUUUGUUUUCCUCUUCAACAUAGUAAGAAUUCUUAUGACCAAACUAAGAGCUUCAACCACAUCUGAAACAAUACAGUACAGGAAAGCCGUGAAAGCAACACUCGUCUUGCUACCUCUGCUAGGCAUCACCUACAUGCUCUUCUUUGUGAAUCCGGGGGAGGACGACAUCUCACAAAUCGUUUUCAUCUAUUUCAACUCCUUUUUACAGUCUUUUCAGGGGUUCUUCGUGUCAGUGUUUUACUGCUUUCUAAAUGGAGAGGUACGUUCUGCAGUAAGGAAACGGUGGCACCGCUGGCAGGACAAUCACGCCCUCCGAGUGCGAGUGGCACGAGCCAUGUCCAUCCCUACAUCUCCAACCAGGAUCAGCUUCCACAGCAUCAAACAGACCACAGCUGUGUGACCAAGGGAGCAAGCAUACAAUAUCCACUACACAAGGGAAAAGACUUAAUCUUUUUUGUCCAGUACAAACAAUGAAGUGAUUUACAGAACAAACUGAUUCCUUUAAGAAGUCCACCGUGUGUCCAAUGUGACUGAAGACUCAGGCGAUUUCUGUUCUGUCUGAAGAACAAGUAAUAGCAUCUAAAAGUACACUAUAACUGCACAUGAAGUAUGAUUGGACACACAAAUAAGAUUGUUGGAGGAUUUAUUUCCCGUAACAUAUGGUACAUGAGGUGUUUGGUUUGAGUUUUUGUGGAAUAUUUAAAAGACAAAAAAAAUUGGCAUCAUUAUCAUCAAACUGUCACAUCACAACAAGUCUUACCGUCUGAUCAGAUAGUGAUCUUAUCGCUGCUUAGUGGUUAUUCGCCAAGCAAGAUAAUCCCACAGCAUUUGCAGCAGGAUACUUUAACAGCUCAGACACUUGUAUGCAUCUGCUCCAUUCUUGGUUAGAGGGAGGGCAACAAGUAAUAUUUAGAAUUGAAUUAGAUACAUCGACCAAGAUGCACUCAAGAAAAAAAAAAAAAGAAGCAAUUUUUAUUUAGUAUGAUAAAUACCAAACUCAGAAAUGCUCUUUGAAUUAACUGCUCUUUGGCAUCAACAGCUGCUUUUGACAGCUAUGAAAGAGCCUUCGGGGAGAAGAGGGUUCACCUGAAUUAAAUAUCAAAAACUAUAAAGUAUAAAAGCAAAAGAUUCAAAAGAGGCACUGCUCUCUCUUGUGAAAAGGGAUUCAAAAUAUUUUUUUGUGAAGUGAACAAUUAGUAUACACCUCAUAACACAUGGUGAUACAUUUUGGUCAAUGUAAAAUGAUUAUUUUAUACAAACAAGCCAUUCUAAUGGAGCCUUUAUAUGUCCUAUAUGUCCUGAGAGAAGUCAGAGUCUUCUCCGUCUGUGUUCUUUUAUACAAAGUAGAAUUUCUGUCUUGUACUGUAUUGUACUGUACUGCUAAGCUUCCUCUCUGUUCCAGCUAUUUGUUUCCACCACUGUGAAAGAAGGAAGGUGUGAACACAACGAACAAUUUAAUGUGUUAUGUGUUUAAACAGGUUGAUGGAUGAGUAGUCACAAAUUACAUAUGUAAAACUUAUGGAGUUGGGAAAGUGAUUCUAAGUCAUUUAUGUAAUGUUCUGUAUAUGUAUGUUAAGUGCCAUGCAUGGACUUAACAUGCCGGCACAGUGGAAGCAGAUUAAAUUCUUUUGGCUUUAUGAAAUCCUUGUGGCUUUCUAGUAAUCAGUGUCACCACUAAGCUGUUCGUUCAAGAGAAGCUUGAUGAAGUGAGCACCAAUUGCCAACUCUUACAUCUGUUCAGGCUGCUCACACAAUAAUGAGAGCAACUAUCGAUCAGCAAUCUCAAAUUCCCAUAAUACUGUUUUCUGCAAAAGGAUGAAUGGAGGAAACAAAAUAUUAGUUUUAAAACGGAUUACGUCUGAAAAGUCUGAAUUAUGCUGCAAGCUUAAAUUUUGAUUCAGAUGCUCCUUUGUGUCCCUACAUUUGAUACACAAAUAUAUGAAGAGUAUUUCUGUCUGUCAGGUGGUACAGUUAAGAAUGUUUAAAGGAUUAGUUCAGUAUUUCGGGAAAUAUGCUUAUUUCCUUUUUCUUUUUUUUGCCGAGACAUGAGAAAGAUUGAUCAUAUUGUCUACAGUGGUCUUGAUCUUCUCAUUAAUUAAUUUAUUUUAUUUUAUUUAAUACUUCAAAAACAUUUCUUUAAAUGAAUAAACAUGUUUUAUUUAUUGUUUGGUUUGUAUUUAUUUGUUUAUUUAUAUUUUUGAAUUUAUAUUAUGAUACUUUUAUUAGGAUUAAAAUUCAUUGGAUCUGCUGGUGGAGUUUAAAAAGAUUUUAAAAAAGUAAAAGAAAAUAUCCAGAAUUUUUGUGAGUAUAUUUGUUUGAAGGUGUUGUAUAGACCAUAAAAUAUUUCUCCUUGUUCGGAAAUGUACAUUUCAUAUUUGUGACGACUUUUUUUUUUUUUUUGUACUGCUUGACUGGACCGACAUUAUCCAUUUUCUUAAUUUUCUUUAAAACUUUUCUUUCUUAAACGCUGAUCAUCCAAAGUGAUUUUGAUGUAAAUAUUUUACAUUUAUGUGAAUUUUGGUUUCAGCAUCACAACUUGUGCAGCUGUAACACUGCACGUCCCUCCAUGACCUCAUCGUGUUAUGUAAACAUAAAAAGAACAUUACUUAAUAGUUGUGAAAUAUUUUCAUACAGAAAUAAGAAAAAAAAAAAUCAUUUAUUCAAACUCACCAAAGAGACAAACCAUGUUUACCAGCAUCCAGACUUUUUUAUUGUCUACAUAUUUCUAUUGUUGGCACUGCACUUUGUAGCCCGAAUCUUGUUGAUUUUAUUUUCUACACCAUUUAUUGUACAUGAUGAAAUGUAUCGAACGCAGUGUGAUAUCAGAUUUGUUAACUUAUUACUGUACAUUGAUAAAUUUGACGUAUUUAUUUUAUGGAAAAUUAUUUGUUGAACCACCCAUGUUGCCUUACGAACAAAAGGAAAUUAAUUUUUUGUGAAAAGGAAGCUAAUGUCUCUGUAAACGAUGUACCAUUGUGUUACUGAUAUACAUUUGUACAUGCACAUGUGAAAGGAAAUAUAUGGAUUUGAAUUAAAAUGAUACACUAUA